CUUUGAGAUUAUGCACUUAACGAUACCAUUUUUUGUAUAAAUUCUUAUCAAAAUAAUUAUUUACCUGUUGUUGGGUGUGUUGGGUUUUGACAUCACCACACCCUCUGUCCCUGUCAAUCAGCUGAUUACGUAUUUAAAAAAUUGUAGGGGCGCUAUUGGAGAAGAUUUUUCCAGGGCCGGAAUAAGCUGUUUUAGGAUGAGCCGAUUGCAUAAAGUUUUCGUGUACGGAACGCUCAAAAGGGGCGAACCGAAUCAUAACUGGUUUGAGAAAGACAGCGGAUAUUAUAAAUUGAUUUCAGAGGCGAAAACUGUAGAGAAAUAUCCUCUGAUUAUUGGCACAAAAUACAAUAUUCCGUUCUUGCUCCACAGCCCGGGUAAUGGGACUAAUGUUAGAGGCGAAGUCUAUGAAGUUGACGAUAAGGUUUUCGCAAAUUUGGAUACUCUAGAGGACCAUCCAAAUUUUUACAUAAGGGAGGAAAAAGAUGUGCUCUUAUUAAACUCAAAUGAAAAAAUUAAAACUUGGAUUUAUUUCAUCAAAGAUUUUAAAGACGAUCUUUUAAACAAGACUACUUAUGAGUCUUACAGUAAUGCAGGGUCUCAUGGGCUGAAAUACGUUGAAAGGUACUUGCGUGGAGACACUUAUGAUCACAAGUUAGAGAUACUCAAAACUGUAAAAAGCUAAUUUCAGUGAAGAUGCAACUUUGGAAGAUCUUUGAAAGAAGAUUUUAUUUCUACUGUUGAAAACAUGAAUAAAAUAAAGAAACUAAACGUUUUAUUUGUUCCAAUUUUAUCACUUAAAAAAUCAAGCUUCUGGAAGACAAAAGAAUAAAAACUCUGGACUAAAGUUAAAAAAAUGUAAUUGCAAUGAAAAUGCCUUGAAAUAAAAUUAUUGCCAUACAGGAUUAGAAAAAGUUCCUCGAAUGCUUAUAAAUUUGUAUUUGUAAAAAAUGAUAACGUUUGAAACCGAAAACAGACCUAAUUGUUGAAUAAAAUUUCCUAAAUUUGCGUUUUAAA